CCUGUUUGGAAAGAAGGGGAAAGGUGACAACAAGGCCUAACAAGUCCAUCAGUAAGCACAAACUAAGGACACGCUCAGAACACACCCUGCAGCAGUAAGUGCCUUUCCCUGUAGCUGUCAGCAGAUGAGAAAGCUAUGAAUUCCUUCAGCAGUAGAGAUUCAGGAGCGCUGGCUCUUCCAAACAAUUGGCCAGUCCUCCCCUCACAUAGUGCCUCCACAGGCAGCUUGCAGAGACCCUGUUUCAAUGCCCCUCUCUGCUGGGCAGAGAACCACCAGUGGGACUUCAGACUCGUUUCUUAGAAACAGAAAGUCAAGGGCCCUUAGAAGAUGUUUGGUUGCUAGAGAUGUUCUGGGUUGCUGGGCAGUAGUGGCACACAAUUUUAAUCCCAGAAAUCAGGAGGCAGUGGCAGAUGGAUAUCUCUGUGGAGGCUAGCCAAGUCUACAGAGUGAGUCCCAGGACAGUCAAGGAUACACAGAGAAAUCCUGUCUUGAAAAACAAGCAAACCCUUUCCUUCCCGAUCUGCCAUUGUGGGUGGAGCCGCUGCCACAAUGCAGAUUUUUGUGAAGACCCUUACAGGGAAAACCAUCACGCUCGAGGUUGAACCCUGGGACACUAUAGAAAAUGUAAAGGCCACGACCCAGGAUAAGGAAGGAAUUCCUCCUCAUCAGCAGAGGCUGGUCUUUGCUGGUAAGCAGCUGGAAGAUGGCCGGACUUUGUCUGACUACAACAUUCAAAGGGAGUCCACCCUUCAUCUGGUGUUGAGACUUCGGGGUGGUGCUAAGAGAAGGAAGAAGAAGUCUUAUACCACUCCCAAGAAGAAUAAGCAUAAGAGGAAGAAGGUUAAGUUGGCUGUGCUGAAAUACUAUAAGGUGGAUAAAAAUGGCAAAAUUAGUCGACUUCGUCGACAGUGUCCUGAUGAAUGUGGUGCUGGAGUUUUCAUGGGAAGCCACUUGGACAGGCAUUGCUGUGGCAAGUGUUGUCUGACUUAACUGCUUCAACAAACC